CUAAUGUCUCCUGUAAAGUGGAUCAAAGAGGCUGCUGGUUGUCCCACAUCAAGCCGGCCUCUCGCCAUCAAUCCUCGCCUAACUCAUCUCCGCCCACCGCCGUUAGCUUCAAGCUACAACCCGCUAGCCCGGAUGCGCCGCCAUGCCGUCUCCACUAACGCCACAAUCAUUUAUUCGCCAAUCUGCUCGACACUAGUGUCGAGAGUUGACCGAGGACGUGGAUAGGAGCGUGUGUCGUGCACCGAAGCCCCCACCUGGACUUGCACAGCCCACCUUCCUGUGUUUAUCUUAAUUAUUAUUAAUCAUAUUUAUUAUUAGCAGCCUGUUAGCAUUGAUGUGGUUUCACUUGCGUGCUAGUUAGCUGCUUGCUAACAUUAGCUCACAUAGUGACAGUCCGGCUGGAGGCGGGGAGAACUGCGAGUGACAAUACAAGUUUCCAUGUCCACACUGGCUUUGAAAAUCAACCAAAAUGUCCGUUGACGACGACACAGUAAAAAUGGCUAGCCCGCGGGCUAGCUCAGGCUUGUCUCUGCAGCCUUCAGAAUGUUCUGGAAGCUGCAGUGGCGCAUCAAUUGUAGCGGAAGCUGCUGUUGAGGCCACCUCGGACUUGGCGACUUCUUGCCCUCUUCCUGGUACUACUGCCUCACCGAAACACACCAGCACAGUGGACAUUCUAAGCCGCUCCCAUGACGCUGGGCCAAGAUCCAAAGGGCACGAAAAUAGCAUCAAUCGCAGGAACAGCUUCCAUCACGCCAAACAGCAUCAACAAAUGAGAGUGGCAAAGCGCCGCAACACGUCAAACUUUAGUUUCAAGCAUCCGACCUCUGGUAAAAGGAGACGACGGGCAAACUCAGAAUCUGACUCCGUUUUGCCCACUAAUUUCCUCCUAGGUGGGAACAUUUUUGACCCGUUAAAUCUCAACAGCCUGCAGGAUGAGGAGGUCAACAGGGCGCUAAACGCAGAGACACCCAAAUCGUCCCCGCUGCCGGCAAAAAGUCGAGACCCGGUAGAGAUCCUCAUCCCCAGGGACAUCACAGAUCCUCUGAAUCUGAACAGCUGCAUGGCAGAUAGCAGCUUUCUCGUGUCCCCCUUCAAAACUGGCGGAAGGAGGCGCCAUCGCAACAGACAUCACGGUAGCAACAUUUCAGCACAGUUAAACCUUUCCGAAUCGGGAAAAACUGAGGUUAAAACUGGAGAGACUGUGUCUUUUCCUGCUUCGGUAACACAAUCUAAUAUGGAAGUCUCUAAAGCAUCAGACAGUGUCGCCGCUGCCGAGGGGGAUUCACAUGAUCACACGACGGACGACUCGUCCGGUUUCAAAGAGGAGACGACGUUCAUUUCCGUGGAGGAUUCCACUUCCUCUGUUUUGGGAGGAGUUAACCAGCACAUAAGCAGGCGCAAGCGGAGGCGCAACUCUGGCAAAAUGGACCCCCCUGUGACUCACUCUACCCCUGUAGCAAAAUGUGCAGCUGGUGAGCAAAAUCAUAAAUCGAGGGGGUCCAAAACUUCCUUUCAAACGCCCAGGACUGGAGCCAAAUCUGCACCAGGAGGUCGACAGCACGAGCAGCUCCAUAACAAGAAUAGGGUCCAACAGAAGAAGAAGUUCCAGUAUGGGAACUACAAUAAAUACUAUGGUUACCGCAACCCUAGUGCAAGUGAAGACCCGCGAAUACAUGUCUUUCGUCCAGAAUGGUUUGAAGGUAAACAAGUGCUCGAUUUGGGCUGCAACUCGGGCCAUCUUACGCUGUAUAUUGCUAAAAUGCUACGGCCCGCUCGCAUAUUGGGCUUGGACAUUGACAAUAGACUCGUGCACGCAGCCCGCAAGAACAUCAGGCAUUACCUCUCUGAGGUGCAGACGCAAGAAGCCAGACGAGCAAAAUCGGAGGAGAAGCACAUGGAGAGCAGGGAAAAUGGCAGCACACUGAAAGAGGAAAAGGGCCAUACAGAGCUAGUAAACGACAAGGACUCUUGUGCCACCGAUCAGGACAGGACUAACGGGCAAGAUGACAAAAGGGAAAAAAUGGAGUUGGAAAGUUUCAGUCAAACAAGGAGUUGCUCUUUCCCUUUAUCUUUGCAAAUCUCCAGAGGGCCCAUUGCUGCACCUCCACUGACUGAAUCAUCCACAACAAAACCGGGGCAGUUCCCUGCAAAUGUGUCCUUCAUCAAGGCCAAUUAUGUGCUGCAGAACGAUAACUUGCUCGUGACUCAGCGGCCCGAGUACGAUGUCAUCCUCUGUCUGAGUGUCACCAAAUGGGUUCACUUGAAUUGGGGGGACAGCGGUCUCAAGCGGUUCUUCAAGAGAGUCUACCGACACCUUCAUCCCGGGGGCAUCUUCAUCUUGGAGCCACAACCUUGGCAAUCAUACGUCAAGAGGAAGAAGCUGACGGACAACAUCAACAGAAAUUUUCACAGCAUUCGCCUCAAGCCGGAUCAGUUUUCAUCCUAUCUCACCAAUGAAGUAGGCUUUACCAGUUGUGAGUUCCUCGGAACGCCCAAGAGUUUAACAAGAGGUUUUCAAAGGCCAAUCUACUUGUUUCGCAAAUGACCGCUUCUGCCUCGUGAGGAUACUGAAUGUGAGUAACCCCACAGCCAGUUCUUGGACCUGUUGAGACUCUUUACAUGGAAUAUUCGUUAAGAAGGGGACCAAAAGCAGGAUAUAUUUUCAUGACGUGGAAAAGACUCUUCACUCGCAGAGGACUGCGCACUAGGCUUGAACUUUUCUGUUUGUUAACGAUAUGUGUAAUGCAUGGCGGUGUUGUGCGUUUGGAUAUCUUGGGCUGUAUACCUUUUAAUUUGAUAUUAAUACAGUGUUGUGUGCCAUCACUGACACAUACAGCUGGUCUGGGUGCUCAUGUCGAAUUUUCUGUAUUUACUAUUUUAAACGCCGUUUAUUCGCAACCAUGAGCUCAGUUUGGCCCAUCUUGAGCUAGUGACUCAUUCCAAAGCAGUCGCAUCCACCAAUCGUACUAACAAGAUGUGGCUUAGGCAGACCCCUCAAGUUGUUUCCGUGGAAUAAAAUCGUUUUUUGUAAAUCAGCCUUAAAUUUAGUUAAUUACCGUUAUAUCACUGCUUGGAUUUUUCUGGUCUUUGGCAAGAGUUUAAUGACAAACUAAUCUUUGUAAAGGAGGGUGAAAAUUAUAUUGUGGAAAGGUUGCACUCAAAUCAGUUAAUGAAUGGGUAAUUAAAGACGAUUAGCCCCAAGUGUACAGUUGUCAUCCUCUUUGAAAGGAGCAACAAGGCUUCUUUCAUUUGUAUUUGAAUUUACGGUCAUAUUUUCCAGUGAGCUUUGGGCUAUUGUGAUACUCCCAUCUCGCUCGUAGAGGGCACAUUUGAGCCUUGAUGACAUGAUUUUCCCCACUUUUGCAAGGAGCAUUUCAAAGAUCAGUUAUCGUUCUGCCGUUACGUGAUGUUAAAUUUAAACCAUAUUGAGCUCAUGAAUGUAGAAUUAAAGUAGCAAAGGACCCAUGGUAGAGUUGCUAUAGCAACUUGAACAUACGUUAGACCAAACACCUGACAUAAUUAACCCUCCUGUUACCAAAGUUUUGCCAGAACAGUUUGACCCAAGGAAUUUGCAGUUGUCGAAAAAUUACAAAAACAUUAAGCUCUGACUCAGGUGCCAUUGACGCAAAGGGACCCUCCAGGUCAAAAAUGGAUCGGACAUCUAGCGCCGUCAAUGGCAAUCAGAGUUAAACGUGUUAAACGAAAUUUUGAAACACCUCACAUAAUUAAUUAACCCCCCCUGUUACCCGAGUUUUGCCAGAACAGUUUGACCUAAGGAAUUUGCAAGUGUCGAAAAAUUACAAAAAAACUAAGCUCUGACUCAGCUGCCAUUGACGCGAAGGGACCCUCCAGGUCAAAAAUGGAUUGGACAUCUAGCUCCGUCAAUGGCAAUCAGAGUUAAACGUGGUAAACGGAAUUUUGAAAACUUAAUUGUAAUUGUAAACAUGUACCACUAACCCUCAUUAAGAGUUGCAAAACACAUUAAAUACCCCAAAUACCUUUUUUUUUUUUUAACAAAAAGAUGGAUCAAUUUGACCUCUAUGAGUAAAUAUCUUGAUAUAAAAUAACCACAAUAAUAAUUUCACUGCAAAAUAUGUUUUAAAAUGUUUCAUAUAUACAAAUUUGACUAUUUAAAAUAGGGGAAAAACAGGUCAUUUUGACCGCUGUGAGUACACAUCCAAAUAAAAAAAAAAAAAAAACAUCACACAUAGCAAUUUCACUUUGAAAAGUGAGUUAAAAUUUAAGACUGGUCGAUUUACGGGAGAGUUAAAAGCAAAUAAAUGAAAUAUGAUGUGAUGGCUAAAACACAAGACCAUACCAUGCCUUUUUUCAAAAUAAACAUUUGUGCAUUAAUCUGCUGUUAAAGUCGCCAAAUGUUUUAUGGGUCUUUUGCACUUGAAUUUUGACGGUUGUAUGUCAGCUGUUUCGUACUAACAGUUGUCAUGUACUGACAACAAGUGAUGAUUGUACAUGCAUUGCUGUGCAUGAACACUGCUUAUCUUUCAUUCACUGCAGCAGGGCACAUUUAUUCUGGGGAGAUAAAUAAUGUGUGUGCUACUGUUUUAGUAAGUGAUCAAUGUACAUAAGUUGUAUUACUUUGAGUUCUACACUGCUUAAUGCUCAUCUGCCUUUGCUUCCACUUUGUGAGUCAAAGGAGGUUUUUUUUAUGUUGUUGUUCGUUAUUUUGCAUUGCUAAACAGGAUCACUAAUCCAUCAGAUGAAUAUGUAAAUAGCAAUUGUUUUCUCAGUUCUCCCCAGAAGGCACACGGAUGAAAUAUUUCAUCAGCAUUUUUUUUUUUUCAUAAACUGAUCGCAAUGAG